AUGAACCUCUCUGAGGACCUGAUCGUCCCCUAUAAUGAGCAGAUCGUCGGUUUCUCUGGCGAACGAGUCGACACAAGGGGCUACCUGGAUCUUCGUACCAGGAUCGGCUCGCGGAAGGACGGCCGGGAGGUAAGGGUUAGAUUUCUUUUAGUUGAAGCUAACACCUCCUACAAUGUAUUGCUAGGAACACCUUGCCUGAACGCCUUCGGAGCGAUCGUCUCCACUCUGCACCUGGCCAUGAAAUUCCCGUCGGAUAAGGGGACAAUAUGCACGGUGCAUGCAGAUCAGCAAAUCGCCAGGCAGUGCUAUGCCGCAGGAUUGAGGAUCACUUCUUAUAGUCAUCCGCGGAAGCAACACCGUUCAGAGGUAGCCAUGACAGACUUGGACCCCCGAACGAACACAAAGGAUCAGUUACAACCAGAAGGAGAAACCAAGGAGAUCCCGAUCGGGAAACACCCGGGACAAGUCACAAAGAUUGGGGGAGCCCUGAAACCGGAAGAAGAAGAACUCCUAAGGGCGGUGAUCUUAGAGAACAAAGAUCUGUUCGCAUGGUCGAGCGCCGACAUGCCAGGCGUCCACCCUGACGUCAUGUCUCAUAAGUUGGCCAUCUUCCGGGAAGCCCGCCCGGUUGCUCAGAAGAAGAGGAAAAUGGGAGAGAAGCCUAGGAGAGCGGUCGAGGAGGAGGUCAGGAAGUUAGAGGAAGCUGGUUUCAUCAAAGAGAUCAAGUAUACUACGUGGCUGGCUAACGUAGUGAUGGUGAAGAAGACGAGCAGAAAAUGGAGGAUGUGCACAGACUUCACCGAUCUCAACAAGGCCUGCCCGAAGGACGCAUACCCACUACCCAGCAUAGAUCGGCUGGUGGAUGGAGCUUCGGGGCACAACUUCUUGAGUUUCCUGGAUGCAUACUCAGGGUACAACCAAAUCCCUAUGUAUGGUCCAGACAGAUCCAAAACGGCGUUCAUCAUAGAUCGAGCAAAUUUCUGCUACGAGGUCAUGCCGUUCGGUCUGAAGAACGCGGGGGCCACCUAUCAGAGGCUGAUGGACCAGGUCUUCAGGGGGCAGUUCGGUCGGUCCAUGGAGGUGUACGUGGACGACACCUCCAUGGACAUGUGGCAACUUCAGAACCAUACGAUCACGCGCAGAUCAACAGCCCAUACUUCGCGACGCUUCAAAUCAUGA